AUGGCUGUCGAUGUGGCCGUUGACGGGGGCGACUGGGGCGACGGACGGCUCGCGGAGGAACUCGAGCAUGCAGAGACCUGGUCAGGUCUGCUCGGAUGGCUGGACAGAGGCGGCCGCCUCGUCGCUAACCUGGGCUCCCUCAGUCGAGGCCUGAGCCUGCGAUCGCAUGCGGCCCUGAGAGCACUGACUGCGGCGGCAGAGGCGAAGUCCCUGAAGGUCUGGCUGACAAGAUAUGCGAACAGCCAGGAGGACAGGUGCUUGCCGACUCGAAACAAGAGGGGGAUCAAUAGCAACUGCGACACUGGCUUCCGACUGGUAUGUCGGAUGACUUAUAUAGCUGUCCAAACUUUGCAUCAUGCAGCUCCUGUCGGUGCCAACCCGAAACAAUUCAAACACGAAGCCACACCUAUCUCCUUUAUUCUGACCAAGCGUGUCACAUCUCGACUCUGGUUCGAUAAGGCUGCACCACCCCGCAGCACCCCUUUCACUCCAAACCAAUCUCUGAGACUGGUUGGCUCAGGCAAGCCACCCGCUAUUGCGAGGUCUUGUUGA